AUGCAAUUAUGUCAACAAGCAAAUUCAAUGCGUGUUUCAGUUAAUACAACAAAAUAUGAUUAUAGUCAAGUUAAAGUUAAAAUGAAUAUUAUGUUUGUAGAUCGUCGACAACUUGUUCAAGAGAUGCAACCAGUCAACGAUAUUGUCGAAUUAUAUCCAGCUUUAUCAGUGACCAAUUUGCUGAUUCGUGAAAUUAAUCUUCGUUCUGAUCCAUUUAGUACAGAUAUUAUUCAAACAUUAACAUCUAAUUGUACAAAAUUAGCCAGACAUCAGAUCAUCAAAGAAAAGAAAAGAUUAUUGGAGUCGUCUUUCAUAUUAGAGCAUUGGAGUAUAAAACGUUACAAACACUCCAAAAAAAUUGUUAUUAAAUCAAGUGAGUAA